AUGCUCCGUCGUCAGGCUCGUCUACGACGAGAAUACCUCUACAGAAAGGCAGUAGAAAGCAAACAUAAAAUAAUUCAGGAGAAAAAGGAACGAAUAAAACGGUCGCUCGAAGAGCAUAUACCAAUACACGGAGAUCUAAAAAAGGAUGCACUGGAUCUGCAAGAAAAACUCAAGUGGACUGACGAAGGUCCCAAGCGAGCAGCUGAAAUCAGUGGUGAAAGUGGAGGCGCAAAUACGGCCGACUCAAAGGACGAUGAAUACCGCUACGCUGGUUGUGAAGAUCCAAAGAUCAUGAUCACGACAUCGCGCGAUCCAUCGAGCCGAUUGAAGCAGUUUGUGAAGGAGUUAAGGCUAAUCUUUCCUAAUGCACAAAGAAUGAACCGCGGAAAUUUUGAAAUGAAGCAAAUCAUACACGCCUGCCGUGCUAACAAUGUGACUGACUUCAUCGUGGUACAUGAGCACCGAGGAGUGCCGGAUAACCUCACCAUCUGCCAUUUGCCGUACGGCCCGACGGCAAGUUUCAGCAUGUCUGGCAUCGUUAUGCGUCAUGACAUUCCGGAAAUCGGUACAAUGAGUGAACAGAAACCCCACCUAAUCUUUCACAACUUUAAGACGAAACUCGCUGAACGGACCAUGUCUAUUCUGCGGUUUCUGUUUCCCGUACCCAAGGAAGAUUCGAAACGCGUCAUGACGUUCGCCAACCACGACGAUUUCAUCAGUUUCCGGCAUCACACCUAUCGAAUGGUGGACAAACAGUUAGAGCUAACGGAAUGUGGUCCUCGCUUUCAGCUGAUGCUUUACCAGAUCAAGUUGGGAACCAUGGACGAACUCGACGCAGCCGAUACAGAAUGGGUAUACCGGCCAUACAUGAACACAGCCGCCAAAAGACGGUUCCUGUCAGAUGACGACGGUUGGCAAGAAGAUAACGAAACACCGUCAUAGA